AUGUCAAUAAACAGACAAUCAUUUAAUCAGCAAUCACCAGUUUCUCCCAUCAAAAAUCAAAUGAACUCUUCACCAACACCAGAUUCCAUUUUUAUGCAACAACCAACAGGGAAUCCAACAAAUAGAGUCGGUCAAAAUGGUGUUGCAACAAACGGUAUGAUGAAUGGAGGUGGAAUCAAUACAAACUUUGCAUCCAACUCAUCACUUCCUUCUACUUCUAGAUGGGCUGGAGUUCCAAAUCAACAACAGCAACAACAAUCACCACAAAAUAAUUAUCAAUAUGGAUUUUCACAACAACCGCAACAAACCAAUAAAUUAAACAAUAGUAAUAAUAGUAUUAGUUAUGGUCAACAAUCACCACAGCCACAAUUAAGAAGAUCAUCAGAGUUCAGUGGAUGGAAUUCUUAUAGUAAUAACAGCAAUAAAAUGAACUCUAUGAUGAAAGCACCAACAGGUGGUUCCAAUUCAUCAUCUUUAAGUAACAGUAGUAAUGGUUUAGGUUCAGGAGGUAGUAAAACCAAAUAUUCUAAAGAUGAACUUUUAAAUCUUUAUGACCCAAUGGCAAAAAUUCCAGAAAAUUUAAUUUCCCACACCCAUAUCCUCUCAGAAGAAGUUCAACAACCAAUUAACUUUAGCUUUGAUAAUAACCUUUCAAAAUCAAGGGACAGAGCCAGAAUGGGUGGUGUUGGUAAUAUGAUGAAUAGGGGUGUUAGAAAAGAUAUGUCACAUGAUAGAAUGAAGAAAUAUUCACCAUCAUCAUCCCAAUCAUGGAGAAAUAAGGAUGAUGAAAGAAAGGUUUGGUAUUAUUUAGAUCCACAAAAUUGUACACAGGGUCCAUUCAGCAGCAUUGAGAUGGACUCAUGGAACAAAGCUGGCUAUUUCACACCAGGUUUAAUGGUUAAAAGAGGCGAAAGUAACUUUGUAGAGUUAAAGAAGCUCUUAGUAGUUUAUCCAGAUUCACCAUUUAGUUCCAUUAGCGAUCUCAAGCCUUUUGAAAAGGAAGAUACCAGCAGCCACUCCACCGAAAACGAAGAUGAUGAUUUGUUACGUAGCGAACAUGAUUCUUUAGAGGAGGAAAUUGAAAAAAGAUUUGAAAAAGAUCUUUUGAAACCAACUUUAUUUGACGAUGUUAAGAAGAGUAAAGAUAAUUUUGUUCCACUCGAAUCACCAACUUCAUCAUCCCAACCUAUCUCCAGCCCAUACAUUGUUGACUCUGCCCCAAUUGAAAGAACUGGUUCUCCACCAUAUAGCUCAUCAGCAGCACCAGCAGCACCAGCAGCACCAUCUUUAUCAUCAUCAACCAAUACAACAGCACCAUUUGAAUCAUUAUCACAACAGCCACCACAACAACCACAACCACAAUCACAACAACAACAACAAAUGUGGCAACAACAACAACAACAACAAAUGUGGGAUUCUCAAUUACAAAAUAAUAAUAAUAAUAAUAGUAAUAAUAAUAAUAAUAAUAACAACAACAAUAACAUGGGUAUGGGUAACUCCAAUGAUCAAAUUUAUAAAUUCAUGUUAAUCCAACAACUCCAAAUGAUUCAACAAAAGGUUAUAAUGUAUCAACAAUACAUAAAUACACUUGCCCAUCAACAACAACAAAUUCAACAACAACCACAAACCCCACAAACUCAAAGCCAACUCCAACAUCUUCAGCAACAACAACAACAAACUGUCCAACAAUCUAUGGUUUUACAACAAAAAUAUAUGCAAAUCCAAUACCAAAUUCAACAACCUUUUUCACCAUUCCAAUAUCAACAACAACAACCAUUCCAAUCUCAACAAAUUUUACAACAUAUGUUCCAACAAUACCAACAAAGUCCAUUCCCACAAUUCCAAUACCAACAACAACAACCAUUCUCAUAUCCACAACAAGUUGAACAACAUUCUGAACAAGUUGUACAACAAACUAUUGAAUCAGUUGAGCAAAGUAUUAUUGAACAAGAACAAUUACAAACUCAACAAACAGAACAAGUCGUUAUUGAACAACAACAAGAGCAACAAGAACAUCAACAACAAGAACAAGAGAAACCACAAGAAAUUCAAUCACAAGAAAUUCCAUUACAAGAAAUUCAAAAUGAUGAGCCAUUAGCUGAAGAAAUCAUUGAACAAAAACCAACCGAAACCAUUAUUGCUUCCACUAGCAUAGCUUCCCAAGAAAUCACCGAUAAUGAAGUUGUUUGGGGUAAAACUUCUACCAUUGUUGAAAGCAAGAAUACCACUGCUCAAUUAAAAGUUCAACAAGAAGAGUUAAAAACUCCAGCUGAAAUUGAACAACAAAACUCUUUUGAAAGUAUUGAAAAAUCAACCAGUUCAUCUUCAUUAAUGGAAGCUCCAAUUUCGAUGGCCAACCCAUGGGCCCCUACCGAAACUGCCCCAAAAAAAAAAUCAUUGGCCGAAAUUCAAGCCGAAGAAAGAGAACAAAAAAAGAAAGAAAUGGAGGAAGCUAAAAUUCGUUCAAUUGAAAACAAUAAGACCCAACCAAACAAUGUUAUGAAAUGGGCAGGUGCAGGUGCUCCAACUUGGUCAGUUGAAACAGGUGUUAGAUCACUUUCACUCAAAGAUAUCCAAGAAGAAGAAAUCCGUGAAAAGAAAGAAUCACCAAUUGUUGAUAAUGCCUCAGAUUUUGAAAGAAAGAAACCAGUUUCACUUUCAGAUGUUAUGAGAGAGCAAGCCAAAGAAAAAGAAAAGAAACAACAAGAACAACAACAACAACAACAACCAUCACCACAAGAAAAACCAUUUAACCCAUGGACAGUUGACGAAAAGAAAUCAUAUUCUCCAGUUACUAUUGGUCUUUCAUCACAAGAUUCUAAAAACAACUCUAGCAAAGUAUCCAUCAGACCAUCCAAUAAUGAUGUUUGGAGUGAACAAAACACCAUCUCAUCAUCAUCCUCCACUAAACCAUCACUCUCUGUUAGAGGUAAUGCUCCAUCUCCAGUUUACACAUCAAAUCCAAAUGAUUUCCCAACCCUUAAUAUUCUUCCAAAUAAACCAACCACCAUUGUCAAAAAUAGUAACCCAGUAUCAAACAUCAAGAAAACCACUGUUACUGUACCAGGCCAAGCUAGACCAGAUUUUAUUAAAUGGUGCCACCAACAACUUAAAGCCUUAACCAAUAACGAUGUCACCGUUAUCACCGAACUUCUCUGUAGUCUUAAAACCGAAAGCGAAAUUCGUGAAUGUGCUAAAGAAUGUUUAGGCUACACUUCAGAUGUCGAUAACUUUAUUAAUGAUUAUCUUUUAGCUAGAAGCGACGAACCAGGCCUUACCUUUGAAUCAUCAUCACCAGUUAUUACUAUUCCAAUAAAAAAGCAACCAAAAUCUCAAACAGCCUCAACCACAGCCUCAAAACAAAAAAAGAAGAAAUAA